AUGACCCCUAAGACGAUGCCUAUAAAGCCCAGCGAGGAGAUUAUACUGGACUUGAGAAAUCCAACGACUACGCAGCCUCAUGCGCGUAAAGUGAAAGGAUCUAUCACUGUCUCUCAGUUUAUGCAGAACUCAUCCACCUUUGUGUUCGAGUAUUCAUCGGAAGAUGCAGGUGGUUCCGAGCCAACCGAGAUUUUCGUACCAUAUAUCCAUUACCCGGGCGGAUACCGCGUGACAGCUUCAGAUGGUCACUGCGCCAUUGAGAAGCACGAAGGUUAUGACAUUAUUAAGCACGAGCACGACAACCACAAACACAAUCAUCGCUUAGUGGUGGAAAAGACGAAGAAGGCUGUAGCUGCGAGCUCAUGGUUCGGUUGGACUGGACACAGCAACAUUCCCGUUUAUGUGGCUUUGGGUAUCGCCGUGAUCGCGCCGUAUCUAUCGCUGUAA